GCUUCAAGAACACGGUGACAUGUACUGGUAAUCCUAUGGACAAGAUAUGAAUACAUAACACCGAGGAUUCGUGAUUGGGAUAAUAACUAUGCUUGCCUCAUGCAUCGGCUGGAGGAAAUUGAUGGUAGGACUAGUCCACUAGUCUAGUGGACCAUGCACAUAUAUAAUAUAGAGAUACCAGAGCUAGUAAUAGUGAAAGUAUCUUAUGUAGGUUUUAUGUGACUGUGCAUUGACUGACUAGACCUACUCUGAUUUAAUGAGUGAAUAAUGCACAAAAAAAGACACAUGCAAUAGCCCUAACCUAUGAUGAUUCACUUCAAUGUCUCUACCAGGUGAUACAGUCUUCUUCUGCCUCCACGCAGAUCUGACUUGUUGCCGACUUGUAGCUGCUGAAAGAUGUCCUUUGCACCGAGGACCUCACUAACCUCUGCCAAGAUGCAGACCAAGAUGAGUGCCUGGACACCUCUUAACCACCAGCUGUCUAAUAACAAUGUAAAGGUCACUCUAAUCUUUAUAAUAAUCCAGUUUUAAUGUAAUCUUGAACUUAGAUGAAAUAUCUCUCUUCUUUAGGUGUUUGAAGAGCGAAGAAACCUGCUGGGAAAAUGGGUACGCGAGCCUCUAAAAAUGGAAGGUUAUAAAUGGAUAAAAUAUUAACCUUGGAGAAUAGGUUAGACAUACAGCAAUGCAACCAGAACCACAUAGAAACAGUCAUUUUACAGCUUUUAACGUCUACUUUAUUUACCCACAUCUGAAGAAUGUGCUUGUACAGUAUACAUCAGUUAGGAUUAACUGAUGCCAUCCCUGUGUAUGUGUUUGUGUGUGUCUGUCUGUCUGUUAGUUUGACAAGUGGAGCGACGGCCAGAGGAAGGCGGUUCUACAGGACUUCUUCUUGCGGUGUUCAGUGGGCCAGCUGCGGUUCCUCCGUCAGAACCUGACCAAGAGGGUUCCGGAGGAGAACCUAGACUUCACUUCUGUCCUACCCAGAGUUCUCUCUCUCUAUGUCUUCUCUUUCCUCGACCCUAGGAGCCUUUGCAGGUGUGCACAGGUAGGUAGGUAAGGGCUGCUGGAGUGUUUCUGGUCUUGUUCAUAUAUGUAGCAGAAAUUGAACAGUAAACAACUUAUGUGACUGAAGAUUUUGCAGCUAUUUUAUUUAAAAUAUGAGACACUACCUCUCUCUCUCUCUCUCAUUCUAUAAUAAUAGGUUCCUAGCUACAUCCACCCAGUCAUUUCAGCAUCAUACAUGUGCUAUUAGACACUGCAUUACCACACUUAAAUGUAUGACAUGUUCUGGCCCAUCUUAGCGGUACCUGUGUACGUGUGUUGGCAGGUGAGUUGGCACUGGAAGGGCAUAGUUGAGUUGGACCAGCAAUGGAUGCCCAAGUGUCUUAGACUGGGCUGGUGCAUCAACUUUGCCCCCACACCGUUUGAACAGGGGGUCUGGAAGAGACAUUACAUAGAGACAGUACUGGAGCUCCACAUCGGCAAGCCUAAGGUGAGUUACUGGAGGCCUGGACAGUGUAUAAAACUACCUGCAUGGAACAGACACAGUUUUUUGUGUGUUUCUGUGUGUUCAGACUCCAUCACAGCAGAAUUUCAUUGUCCCUGAGGUGAUGUCCAUAAACAGUGUGACGUUUGACCAAUCAGCGAGCUUCCAGCGAGAGAGGAGCGUUGGCGGCACCACGAGGGGGUCAGGAGGGUCCCAGCUGAAGGGGCUACCCCCGUGGAGGGGUGCAGACAGACACCCCACUGACACUGUGCGUUUCAAUUAUCUGGAGAAUCUGGACCCCAUAGAGCACGCCCGCCAAGUGUAAGACCACUUCCUCUAGUAUGUAGUUAGUUUGUGUGUGUGUGUGUGUGUGUGUGUAGUGAAAUGGUUACCAAACCAUUGCAUUCAUUCCCAAAUGAAAGCACAAUCAAUUCUUAAUUGCCCCUGAGGCUAUAAAUAAAGUAUAACAUUGAAUUGAACAAUCAGACAUCGGUUAAAUCAGGCUAUGAAUUCCAUGUAACUUGACCUGGUGUUCCAGUGACAAUGGUCUGUUUUCCAGAAAAGUGAAGAGUACAGGGGUUUUCAACACAGACAAUGCAAAGAAGAAAGAGCUGUCUACAGCCAAUUAUAAACUGCGAAAGGCAAAGUCAUUGGUAAGUACCUCUCAUCAGAAUAUGACCAGUCUGAAGACCCUAUCUUGGAUAACAGCCAAGGGAAUGCUUAGAAUUCACACACACAAGCACACCAAGAGACAUAAUGCAUAUUGAACAGACUUUACAUGGAAAUUCAUGUUAAUGCAUUACCCUUGGGACUGUGUGUGUGUGUCAGUGAGGACAAAAAUGCUGAUGCUGCUACAGGGGAGGAGAGAGAACACUGUCAUUGAACAUUCUAAGUGUUUCCGUUUACAGAAAUACCAGAAAUACCACACAUUUUAUCAGUAGAAAUACCAAACUAAAAGAUAAAACACACCUAAAUAUAUUGUUAACUUUACUUAUCGUCUCAUCUGGCAACUUAGACACAGAUUGUGACAAUACAGACAGUAUAACAUGUAGGCAUGCAUCAAAAUAUCCAUUGUUUGCAUCUGUUCUUCUCCUUCUUAGAUGUUCCUGUCCUUGGACCUGACUCCAGGUUCGGGUUCUGGAGCAGGGCAGCAGAAGCAGAAUCGGUUCCGCCCCCAGUGGGCCACACAGAGCCUGGAGUACCCUGUCACCAAGGCAACAGCCAAGAGCCUGUCGCGGUCGAGCCAAUGGAACGCUGGGAUACGACCUGGUCCGGUGAGGUCAGCGGUGCCUAGGCUCAGUCAGGAAGGACUGAGGGCAUCAAUGAGGACACACAGGAGUACACCUAGUAAGAAACACGACUAAAGACCUGCAUGUUUAGAAUGCAUCUUUCCUUCCUUCCUCUCUCCCUUCCUUCCUCCUAUCCAUCACAGAGGACACACAGGACCACGCCUAGUAAGACAAUAGAUGACCAAUCCUUUCAAUGUACAUUCUUGGUUGAACUAUAACAGAAUGAGCUCUCCAUCAAAAAGGAAUCCUUUCUUUGUCUCUGUGCUGAAGUCUCUGUGUCCAAGGAAACACGUGACAUUACAUUCGUACUCAAUUAAUGCUUUCUUUCAUAGCGUGAAUGUUCUGUAUCAUGUAUGAUGUAUAAUUGACUUACAUGUUUUGGGGUUUCAGCAACACCACUGUUUGAGGGACAGCCUUGGAGGAUACAAGCUUCCAGUGGUGGAUCAGACGAGUGAAUCAUAUCGCCACCUUGUGGAGCACUUUAGUACUGCAGCACAUCCAGGAUACAGCAGCGAUUCUCAACUGGGGUGUUGUGAUCAACAUUCCCUCAAAUGUUUUGGGGCACUGAGCAAUCUUGAACAUUGUGGGAAUUUUGUGCAACUUCUGGCGCGCGUUUAUAGUGAACACUGUGGCUGUACCCUUACAGUUUUAGACAAUAGGCUUUUGUGGCUAUUUGAGCAUAAUGGAGCAAAUCGG